AGAGAGAGAUUAUUUCCCUCAAAGUUACCGCACUGUGCUGUUCUGUGAAUGUCUCCUGCCUUUUAAAAACGCUGCUAUUAGACAUACGCGCUGCCAAAGAGGAACUUUUAUCUUAAUUAUUGGGAUAUACGUAUGGUUUUGCCGUGAGAGGAUUCGUUUUUCGUUGUACUAAAGACGACUAGAAUAUCGCAAUGUCUCGAGUCGCGGAUUUGUCGAAACUUCGCCAGGAAAGAAUAAGAGAGAUCAAUCAGCGGAAUAAAGAGAAGGAGCGCAUGAGGGAUCGGGAGAUAGAAGCCAGGGAGCGCGAGGCACGCUACAGUAAUGGCCACCUCUUCAACUCUCUCACCGUUUCUGGAACCACGCUCUGCUCGGCCUGCAACAAGAGCAUCACUGCUAAGGAGGCUCUCAGUUGCCCUACCUGUAAUGUCACCAUCCACAACCGCUGCCGGGACACACUACCAAACUGUGUCAAAAUGAAACAAAAGCAACAGAAACUAGCGCUGAUGAGGAACAAUUCAACCUAUCAGAAUGUGACGCUGAGGAAUAAAGCCCAUUUAAAGGAACGGCCGAGCUCUGCCAUCUACCCAUCAGACAGUCUUCGCCAGUCACUUCUCGGGUCCCGUCGCGGACGGUCUUCCCUCUUACUUUCAAAGAGCGUCUCCACCAAUAACAUUGCAGGUUUAAUGACUCUGAAUGAUGACUCUCUGGGGCUGCGCAGGAUCUUGUCUCAAUCCUCAGACUCACUCAACUUCAGGAGCAGAACCAUGUCCAUGGAGUCUCUCAAUGAUGAGGGAGAGGGCUACUUCACCUCUCUGCUGGAAGAUCUGGAGGUUGAAAGCCAGGAGUUUGAAGCGGAUUCCUGGAGCAUGGCAGUAGAUUCCACAUACUUACAGACCCACCGGAAAGAUGUUAUCAAGAGACAGGACGUCAUCUAUGAGCUGAUCCAGACGGAGCUCCAUCACGUCCGGACCCUGCGGAUCAUGGAUGGGGUGCUCAGGCGGGGUAUGCUGGAGGAGGUGCAGCUGGAGCCGGGGGUCGUGCAUGCGCUGUUCCCCUGCCUGGAGCGCCUGCUGACAAUUCACAUGCACUUCCUCACACAGCUCCUCACCCGGCGCACUCAAAGCCUGCAACCUGACAGCACAAACAACUUCACCAUCAAUCAGAUCAGCGAUCUGCUAAAACAACAGUUCUCAGGUCAGUGCGGGGACGAGAUGCUGAAGGCGUAUUCUGAGUUCUGCAGUCGACAUAUGAAGGCUGUCAAACUCUACAAAGAGCUGCUGGCCAGAGACAAGAGACUGCAGCUCUUUAUACGGAGAGUGAGUCGGCAUCCUCUCCUGCGUCGUCACGGGUUCCAGGAGUGCAUCCUGUUGGUCACUCAGCGCAUCACUAAAUACCCUGUUCUGCUGCAGCGCAUCUAUGACAACACCAAAGACAAUCCAGAGGAAGCUGCAGGUCUGUCUCAGUCACUGUCUUGUAUACGAGAGCUGCUCUGUUCGGUGGACCAGCAGGUGUUGGAGCUUGAAAGGACACAGCGGCUGCAGGAGAUCCGGGCCAGGGUCGACCCGCGGGCUGAGGCCAAACUUCGCUCCGGAGCCCUGUUCAGACCAGCCGAACUGCUCCGCAGGCAGCUGAUACACGAAGGCACGCUGCUCUGGAAAACGCCCAGCUCUCGCCUCAAAGAUGUACAGGUUCUGUUGAUGACUGAUAUUCUAGUAUUCUUGCAAGAUAAAGAUCAACGGUACAUCUUUGCCAGUUUGGAUAAGUCUGCCGUGGUCUCACUGCAGAGUCUCUUGGUCCGAGAUAUAGCCAAUCAGGAGCGAGGCUUGUUCCUGAUCAGCAGUGAGUCCAGCCCACCUGAGAUGUACGAGCUUUACGCUGCGUCUAAAGAUGACAGAAAGACCUGGAUACGGCUCUUACAGCAAACAAUCAGCAGCUGUCCAUCAAGAGAAGAAUUCCCUCUCAUAGAAACAGAGGACAAGGCUCUUCUGCGGAGACUCAGAGCUGAUAUCCAGCAGAAGGACAGGGAGGUGUUAGAGCUCCUUCAGGAGCGGGUCACCCUGUUCUCUGACUUGGCAGAGGUCAUGGGAGGUUAUGAGGUCAUGCUACCGUCCUGUUCCAGAAACCUGUUCAGAGCCGAGUCUCCUCAGGCACCUCGCGGGGAACAGCUGCUCACACAGGCCAUAACUGAGGUGGACAGAUUGACAGAGCUGUUAUUAGGAUCCAGUGUUGAGGUUCCUCUGCCCUGCAGUUCCAACGGCCUUCACAAUCACACUGGAGCGCUAGUAAUCAAUGGAGAAGAGGUAUUAGUCAAUGGCUCUCAGGAGAACCAAGCUACUCAGGAUGGUAAUGGGAAUCAAAUGGAGGACAAGCCACCAAGUGAGGAGGUGUCACAGAGGCUGGUGAAUCUCGGUGCUCAGCUACACGCUUUACAGGGUGUGGUGAUACGACAGGACUCCAUCCUAGAGCUCUGCCUACGAGAGAGCUCGGUCUCCCCGGCCACCGCAAAGGCUCGUACAGUUCGCUCCCUGUCCCGGGAUGGUGCAAGUGACUUUGGCUCGCUCGGAGAGCUGGCCCUGCUUCAACGGCAGCACAGUCUGCUGCAGGAGGAGCUCGUACGCCUCAGGGGAGCCGAGGGCAAACUCAGGCACAGCGAGAAAGCCAAAGCCCAGCUGGAGAAACAGCUCAGGGAUCUUAAGACUAAUAGCGCCACUCUAGGGAAUGGAGCUGGAAAUACAGGCUCACAGGCCCCAGCAACUCGCAGAGAGAGCGAUACCGACCCUAAUACUGACACCCCAUUGGCUUGCCAGGAGUUGAUGGACCAAUCAGACGCCCUGCAGGAAGGCAGUGAUGUGGAAGUAGAUGUGAUAUCUGAUGAUGAUGAUGAUGAUGACGAGGUGGAUUCGAGGGUGUCUCCCCGUUCUGAAAGUCCCAGAGAUCUGCAGGACAUUCCGGAAGAGACUGAAUCUGCUACAGACCCCCGGGACCGUGAGGUCUCGCACUGCUAAUAUUUCUCAACCCUAGACUUGCCUGUCAUCCGAAGGAACAGACUAUAGACUCCAUGAGCAGGUCUUCCUCCGAACAGGGAAGAUUCUUACUCAGUUUAUGAAUAUUCAUUACAUUAUAUACAUACAGUAUUGAGUUGCAUCCAGUAAUUUUGCUUAUAGCUUCUGUGUGGCCGUUUAUGACAUGUUAAUAUUCCACAUGUCUUCUCAUUGGAAUCCAAUCAUAUGGCUUUUGACAUCCACGGACCAAUAAGUACAGGCCAAAGCAUUGUGAUGGAGAUGGAGUCAUGCAAAUAAUGGGACUUUGCACUUUAUAGCGGCUUGAAAUGGGAAACAUUCUUUAAGAAUCUUGAGAUUAACCAAAGUAAACAAACAGAAGUGAUCCAGCUCAAGGGUACUGGGAUUGAUGUACUGUGUGUGUGUGAGAAACUCAUCACAGUGCUUUGUACAGAUUCUGCACAUGCUGGAGCCAAACCAGAACAGAGCUUCUUUUUUAAGUGUUAACUUGUUUUUGUGAGAGGCCAUUGUAAAGAAAUGUCUCUCUCUUGUGCUUUAUUUUGGAUUUAUUUAUUUUUCUUCGUUUUAAAUGGAACGUUAAAUUGUUUUUUUGAGCAUGUUGGAGCAGUUAGAAUGAAGCCAUAACUUGAAAUGUGCCAACAUAAUAGACUGGGACCAAAACUACUGGCUAAAUAACAAAAAAAAAAAAAAAAAAAAAAAAAAAUUCUCAGAGACUUGAGAGCUUUUUAUGAAGGAGUUAUAUUGCCGUUUAUAGCAAUAUAUAGAAAUAUAUUUACAUUUAUAGCAAAGAACUUAAUAAACCCAUGAAGGUCAUUAUGAUUGAGUAUUAUGAUAUUAUAAAUGGGUCCUCAGCCCACAGUGUGUGUUAACGGGGAAUACUUUGUAAAUAGAAGAAGAUUUAUUGACUGAAAUAAAUCCCAUCUCCAGAAUUUACCAACAACAUGUGAUGUGUCUUACUACAGUUUUGCUUACGUCUUAAUUUUAAGAAUUGUUUUUGCAGUCACUUGCCUGUGUGCCAAAAUUCGCUUGGCUGAAUAUUGCUAAGAUAUAUUAUGCUUUUAUUUGAGUCAGUUCAACAUUUCAGGAAGCAAUGUCUUAGAGAUGAUUGUAGGAUGAUAUUCUUCAUGUUUUGAAGUAACUAUAAGAAACAUAGGAAUUACUGAAGUCGCAUCAAAAUGUUAAUAUGGAACACGACAGGAACAUUGUUGAAAUGUUCACACGGUGUUUCAGAUAUAUUGAAGUGGAUAUAGGAUACACUUGAAGAAUUAAAACUGUUGAUAUACAACAUCA